ACAGGUGCAGCCGACCAAUUCCCCCGAGUCUGGAAAGAAAGUGAAGAGCAAAGUAUCACGUCGGAGGGUUGAUAGGAGAAACAUGACUCUACUCUGCGGAGGAUUCCCCUGAUCAUGUGACCAGCAUCCAGCCAAUGAGAGACAAUGACCCUGUCCCACCUCGUGUAGAGGGAGCCCCAGCAGUACUCUAACUAUCCCUUUCUCAAGUUCAUCGUCUCUGUCAAUACCAUUACUCCAGAUAUAAAGCACUUGUCUGUAGCCAGCGUGCAUGCAGCAGCAGCAGCUCCCAAACAAGCAAAGGUGCUAGCAGGAUUAAUGCGAAGCGCGGCGCCGCAAUUAGCGUGAGUCACGUCAAGCACAUUUCCUCAUUCAUCAGCUACCGCCUGAAGAGAACACUUCCUCACACUAAAUGACUUUUCUAAAGCAGUAUAGACAGCUCUGCGGGAUACCAAGUACUAUCAAAAUUCAAAAGUACUAGCUUUUUUCACGGACUUCUAACAUCAGAUUUGAUUGAUUAUCCAAUUGUUUCAAUUUUAAUAUCAUAUAUUUUUCCAUGCAAAAAAGCACUUCAUUUUAAUGCUUUGCACACAGACAGGAAUAUUUGGAGGUAUUAUUAGUCUAGUACCGGGAGAUCGGCUUAGUGAUAUUAGGUAUAAAGCUCCAACCUAUUUCCUGUUGAAUAAAAGAUAGGGGAAAGGAAAGGGAAAGCCUGGAUAUGAUAACUGCCAACGUGCGGAUGAAGUGAUUGAUGGUUACAGUGCAAAUCCCCUUUGGAUAUUAAGGAAUACAUCCUCGUGUAUGCAAAGCUUUGUGGAUUCCUUAAGCACUUCUCUCCUCUCCCGCAAGAAGAACAUCCAAUAUCCAAGGUGUUGUUAGCACUUUAAUUGAAGGUGUAGAGUUUGUAACAACCAAUAUCUUGGAAUCCUCCUCCGUCAAAUACAGCUGGGCAAUAAAUCUCACUGGAUCUGUUUGUUGCUUCCUCCUGUGCAAGGAACAUCCUGAAUCGUGCCAUUCUAGCGACUUACAUGUAUGCGUCAUUUACUCAAAAGCCUCGAAAGUGUUUCCUAAACAAGGAAAUUGAUAAAAUUUCAGAGAAACCGGAUCCCGAACAAAAUUUUACUUCCCUUAAAGUGUACAUGUACCUGUACUCAUAAAAAAUAUAUGCAUGUACGGAGUGGAAUUCUGAAGAAAUCCAAUAGAACACUGUCCUCCGCUGCAAACACCAUCCUGGAAUAUGCGAACCUUGUGACAUUCUUGGAUCCUCUAGGAAGUGUCUCCAGGAGCCGUAGCAACAUCCCGUCAGUAGGAUUGUGUGUUUGAGGAAACAUGGCCAGGAGACUGGUGUAUUGCAAGGUGGUUCUAGCCACCUCCAUGGUCUGGUUUCUCUUGGAUGUUAUGUUGAUUAUGUACUACAGCGAAUGCAACAGCGAUUCCAGGUGUAACAAUCAAGCCUUAGACCAUGGUGUGCCAAGAGAAUUAGAGGGAGGGCAUGAACACGCCCCUCCCAGGCACCAGCCCGCCAGACCCCGGCACGAUCCCAACGGGCCGGGCGAGAUGGGUAAAGCGGUCAUCAUACCGCAGGAUAAGGAGUCCCUAAAAAACGAGAUGUUUAGGAUUAACCAGUUCAACUUGUUAGCUAGCGAUAUGAUUUCAGUCAACCGAACGCUGCCUGAUGUACGAAUGGAUGGAUGUAAAAGAAAGCGCUAUCCACCGGCCUCUGAACUCCCGAGCACCAGUAUCGUCAUCGUCUUUCACAACGAAGCGUGGAGCACGCUGUUACGCAGCAUCCACAGUAUCAUCAAUCGCUCACCACGGGAACUCCUCACUGAGAUAAUACUUGUUGACGACGCCAGCGAAAGAGACUUUCUCGGACAGCAGCUAGAGGAUUAUGUUAGAAAAUUAUCGGUCCCCGUUCAUGUGGAACGGAUGGGUACAAGGAGCGGUCUGAUAAGGGCACGGCUGAGAGGGGCUUCGGUCGCUAAGGGUCAAGUGUUAACUUUCCUUGAUGCUCAUAUAGAGUGCACGGAGGGUUGGUUAGAACCGCUGAUGACAAGGAUUAAAGAUGAUAAGUAAGUGGAAUCUUUUAUUCUAUUUCAUGAAUUUUGACUAGAUAAGGAAAGGGGAGGGGCAAGGGUGGGAUGGGGAGAGGUGGGACGGGGAAGGGGACAAAACUAUCAUUCCCACCCUUCAAAAUCAAAUUCUUGAAACAUUAUAACCACUAUACAUGUACAUUGUAGUUUUUGUUAAUGUUCUGACUUCUGAGUGUUUUGUUUAUUUUCUUUAAUUUUGAUUAUUGAUUUUUUUUUUUUUUUUUUUGGGGGGGGGGGAUGCUAUGUACAAUCCAAGAUUGCCAGUUCCCACACUGAAAUACUUGAAACAUAAUGUAAUGGGUAUAAUUUUUUUUUCUUGGAUGCACUGUACAAUGCAUGGUUCCCACACUACAGUUCUUAAAACAUUACAAGACUAUAUACACAUAGCUUUACACACUUGAACAUGGGUUUGUUUUCUGUAUGUUUUUUCUUUCUUGGAUGCCAUCUACAUGUAAUUCCGUGCUAUGGGAAGUUCUUAAACAUCAUUUGAAUGGUAGUUUGUGGUUAAACAACACAUUUUUAUUGGCAUCAUUUUUUUCUUGAAUACCCUGUACAUUGCAUAGUUCUCACCCUAUGGGAAGCUCUGAAUUUGUAGGUAAUACUUCAAUGAAAAAAAAUUAAUGAAAAUCCAUAUUUUAUUGUUCGAAAUAGACAUGAAAUGAAAUACUCCGAAAAUUUGCUUUGCCCAAUUGAUCGUGGGCCCGGCAGCCGCUGUGCAGCGCCAGAUAGCGUACCCCCUCUCAUUUUUUUUUCUCGGAUACCCUGUAAAGUGCAUAGUUCCCACACUAUUAGAAGCUCUGGAACAUUAUUAGACUGAUAGUUUGUGGUGAAAUAUGAGAGCAUGUUUGUGUGCCUCUUGCGUGAAUCCUUAUUUUGCGGUCUUACAGUCGAGAGUUCUCAUGGUGGAGAGCUUACCUCUCAUCCCAGAGUUAC